AACUAUACAAAGAAAAUGGAAGAAACAACAAGCAAAACUCUAACUUGUGAUUUAAAUCAUUUAAAGAAACUUAAUUUCUACUUAAAUGAAAAAAAUAGAAAAAGAAUAGAAAAUUUACAGCAAUUGAUUUCUACAUCAUCAUCUGAAGAUAUAAAAAAUGUUUUAAAUCGUCAAUAUGAACUAUUAAUGAAGAAGCAGAGAAAAUAUUUCAUUUCCUCUACUAAUAUGCGAUAUAAAGAAACACCCUCAGAUCUGAAAAAAUUUGCUAUGAAUAACCUUGCAUUUGGGGACGAAUGUUGGAUAUCCACAUACAAAAAUGAAAUAAUUGAUUCUUUAAAUAAGCAUCAAAUCAUAAUUAUUAAAGGCGAGUCUGGUUAUGGGAAAAGUACCAGAAUACCAUUAUACGUUCAAGAGAUAAAUGAAUUUUGCCAAGGAAAAAAAAUUGCUAGUUGUCAACCUAAUUAUAUCAAUAUAUUAAGUUUAUCAUCCUAUAUGUCAACUUACUACAAAAAUAAACUUAACUUGAAAAUUGGAUAUGUCUUUGGAAAGGAGAAUACUGUAAAUAACGAAACAAACAUAGUAUUUACAAACUGUCAGAGUCUGUUACAAGAAUGUAUUCGUACUCCAUAUCUGUCAAAAUAUUUUUGUAUAAUAAUUGAUGAAUAUUUUCUUCAGAGUGCAGAGGCUGACUUGCUACUUUUGCAUAUGAAAGAAAUACUUCAACAAAGAUCAGAUUUCAAACUGAUUCUUAUUAAUCCUGCAUUUGAUAUUACUGAUUGUAAAAGCUAUUUUAAAGAUAACCAAGAUGUAAUUACAAUGAUUUCGCUACCAUCCUUAACAUUUCCAGUGAAAACAGUUUAUAACACUAUUAGCAGCGAUAAAACUAAAUGUGUAGAAAAAUGUGCACAAUUAAUAAAGUUUAUUAACAAUAAUAAACUGGAUGGAAACAUACUGAUUUUUCUCCCUAGUACAAAAGAAAUGGAAAGCUGCUGUGAAAUGGUAAAAAAUGUAUUAAAAGAUAGAGUUGAAUAUCAUACUUUACAUAACAUGAUGAAUCAAGAAGAAAUAUUUAAUUUGUAUACAUUUUCAAAUAUUAGAAGGAAAGUUAUUUUUGCAAACCAAUGUGCUGAAUCCUUAUGGUUACCUAAUAUUUCUUAUGUUAUAGAUUCCGGUAAGUUAAAAGAAAGUAAAUAUCAAUCAGAAAAAGAAUCAUAUAUUAGUAAAUUCAACUCAGAGAGAAGAAAGAACCUUGCUGGGUGGUCAUUAAAAAACUGUUGUUAUAGAAUUUACACUUCUGAUACUUUGGAAGAAAUGCUGGAAAUGCCAAUACCAGAUAUUUUAAAAAUAGAACCAAGCCAAUUACUUUUAACCUUAUAUCGUUACAAAAUACCAAAUCCUAUUGAUGCAACAUUCAUAUCUUUGCCAGGUAACGAACAUAUUAAAGCAGGAUUAAAUAAAUUAAUAAAAAGUAAAGUAAUUAAAUCAAAUUCUUUGACUACUCUCGGAGAAGAUAUGAUUAAUUAUAUGCCCAUGCAAACUUCUCAUGCAAAAUUAAUUGCAUUAGGUAGAGAAAGGGGAAUUGAAUUUGAAGCUGUAAUGAUUCAUACAAUAUCGUCACUUAAAAAUCCAAUUUUUAUGACUAUUGGAGAAUCAAAAGAUAUUGGUAAAUUAAAAUUUUUUCAUCGUUAUGGUGAUUAUUUUGCAGUUUUCGAUGUUUAUUUUAAUUGGAUAAAACAAGUUAAUAAAGAAAGAUGGUGUGAAGAAAAUGGAAUUAAUCACACUGCAGUAACUUAUUUGCAUGGAAAAAUAGAUGAUACAUGUAAAGUUUUUGGAAUAAAACCUAAAGAGAUUUUGUCAAAUCUUGAUGUAGUCUACGAAUUAAUAUGCGAAUGUUUCAUUGAUAACUUUUGCACUUACUCGGUGUUAUGUGACGUCAUUUUUAAUGGAAUUAGUAAGCUCGGAAUGCUAGCUUGUUCGCUAUUGAGCAUUGCACUAAUUCAAUAUGGCUGCUCCCAUGAAAACAUGACUUUCUUUACAAAGAAAUGA